AUGCCGCUGAUACUCGUCCCUGAGUCUGUCUACGGGUUCGAGGGCUGGAAGACUAUUCAUGCGAGUUUGCACGCCCUCGCUGCCGCGCUGGGCGUGAUAUCCUGCAGUGCGAAGACUGUCUCCGACAUGCCGUCGAGGCAGGGCUUCUUCGUCGGCCCGAGUUUCGAGGACUUCGCCUCGGGCCGGGCGGCGAGGGGGCGGGCGGUCCACCAUGGGCCCGCCAGCCUCCUGCGAGGAAGCCUGUCGGUGCUGAUGGACUCCGCGGUCUCGGCGACGACGGCCAGGAACUACCACGCUUGCGCCCAGAAGUUUCUGAGCUGGUGCUUGUGGACCGCGAGGGGCUGCAAGGGCAGCACCGAGCUCGACGCCGUCCUGGCUGCGUUCUUCGCCCACAUUUUCCUCGACGGUUACGACGGCGCGACGGGCCGCAUGACGAUGGGCAGGGCCGAGCUCGUGCCCCCGCAGACGCGCCUGCCACUGCCGCGCGUCGCCACGUUCGCGAGCGCGGGCGCGCUGCUGGCCCAGGGGCGCAUCGCGGAGGCCACCUUCGUGAGGCUCGCCUUCGACACCAACCUCCGCCCGAGCGAGGCCUACCGGCUCGCCGCCGCCUCGCUGAUCGCGCCGCGCGUCGGGUCGACGGAGGGCUACCAGCACUGGGCCACCCUCGCCAACGAGGCCAGCCUGCGGAGCUUCCCCCCCGACCAGGCGCGCCGGGCCUUCGAGAACUUCCUGGUCCAGCUCCAGCUCGACGGCGAGCAGGCCCCGCUGCGCUCGCUGCGCUUGCUGCGCCACUGGGGAGCGUCCGACGACCUCCUCGCGGCCUUUCUGGACUUCGGGGGCAAGGUCGAGAAGGACUUCCUCAGCUCGAUGGAGGCGAAGGCGCGGGCGGCGCCGGCGUUGACCGACCAGUGGGCCUUCGCGCGAAGCGGCUGCGGAGACGGGCUCGACAACGCGCUGCCAUCGUGCCGUUUCAUGUCAUUUUGUGCACGUGUGCGCCGAAUCGUAUUCGGCGAGCUUGCGAAUCCCGCGGGCUUGAAAUUGCGGCCGCCAACCUUGCUCGGCGCCGUCAUGGCGACGCUGGUGAUCCUCAGGGUAGGAGCCGCUCGCUUGCGCCGCCUCGACUCGCUGCUGGAGGGGACGACGGGCGCGGAGGCCGAUCGGCGGGCCAUCCGCGUCGCGAGCGCCCUUGCCGCUGCCGCCAUUAGGCUUAUCUCGGAGUGCAUUUUCCACGGGGAGCAGCUGCGCCCCGACGCAGCCCAGCCGUCCUCGGCCUCGGCGCCGCCCCCGCCGCCGCCGCCCCCGCCCGGCGGCGGCAGCGCCGGAGAGCGGCCGCGGCCUGGCACGGCAUAUACUCUUCAAGACAACAUGGCGCGGCAGGACCUGAUAGCAUUGAGGUCACAGCUGCGGCAGCUGGAGGCUCAGGCCAUAGCGGCCAGGAGAGAGAGCGACACUAUGCGGUCUGAGCUCUGCGAGAUGCAGAGCAAAGAGAGGCUGCAGGAGACCGUCGGCCAGCACCAGCAGAUGGAGUACAUACGCAACGUGUUCCGCAAGUUCGUCGAGACGGCGCCCACGGGCACCAAGGAGCACGAGAUGCUCAUCCCCGUCCUGAUGACGUUCUUUAAGUUUGAGCCCGAGGCCACGAAGGCCAUCCAGACGAGGCGCUCGCAGUCCACGGGCGGUUUCUUCGGCCGUUGGAGCGGCUGA